GGCGGGCGCGGGCGGAAGGACACGGCGGUGCCCGCUCGCUUCAGAGAGCGGCGCGCAGGGAUCCGCGCGGUGCUGCGGCGCUGUCAGUCACGGCGGCGGCGCCGGGAGGCGGCCGGGGCGCAGCGGGCGGAGCGGGGACACGCGCGGAGCGGAGCGGAGCGGCGCGAAGGGAACGCGGGGCAAAAACGGGAAGAUCCAUCCGGCGGGCCGCGUGGUGCUCCGCCCGCACGGAACGGCUAUUUCGAAGCGGCCCCUCUCGCCCCCCCGCCGGCUGCGAUGCUGCCCGCCGCCGCGCUGCCCUGGACGUUGUUUUUCCUCGGAGCCGCAGCCUCUCUACAAGUGGAUAUUGUUCCAAGUCAGGGGGAGAUCAGCGUUGGAGAAUCCAAGUUCUUCUUAUGUCAAGUGGCAGGGGAAGCCAAAUACAAAGACAUUUCCUGGUUUUCCCCUAAUGGCGAGAAGCUGACGCCCAACCAACAGCGCAUCUCAGUGGUGCGAAACGAUGACUUCUCCUCCAGCCUCACCAUCUACAACGCCAACAUUGAUGAUGCUGGCAUCUACAAAUGUGUUGUCAGUAGCGUGGAGGAGGGAGACUCUGAAGCCACCGUCAAUGUGAAAAUUUUCCAAAAGCUGAUGUUCAAGAAUGCCCCCACUCCUCAGGAAUUCAAGGAAGGAGAUGAUGCUGUGAUUGUGUGUGAUGUGGUCAGCUCGCUGCCUCCUACCAUCAUCUGGAAACACAAAGGCAGGGAUGUCAUCCUAAAAAAAGAUGUUCGGUUUAUAGUGCUGUCCAACAACUACCUGCAGAUCCGGGGAAUCAAGAAAACAGAUGAAGGGACGUACCGCUGUGAGGGCCGCAUCUUGGCUCGUGGGGAGAUCAACUUCAAAGAUAUUCAGGUCAUUGUAAAUGUACCUCCUUCUGUGCGUGCCAGGCAGAGCACUAUGAACGCCACUGCCAACCUCAGCCAGUCUGUCACCUUAGCAUGUGAUGCUGAUGGCUUUCCUGAGCCAACCAUGACGUGGACAAAGGAUGGAGAGCCAAUAGAGCAGGAGGACAAUGAAGAGAAAUACAGUUUCAACUACGAUGGGUCCGAGCUGGUCAUCAAGAAGGUGGAUAAGAGUGACGAAGCAGAGUACAUCUGCAUCGCUGAGAACAAGGCUGGCGAGCAGGAUGCCACCAUUCAUCUCAAAGUCUUUGCAAAACCCAAAAUCACAUACGUGGAGAAUAAAACAGCUAUGGAGCUGGAGGAUCAGAUCACACUGACCUGUGAGGCAUCUGGGGACCCAAUCCCUUCUAUCACGUGGAAAACUUCCACCCGGAACAUCAGCAAUGAAGAGAAGACUCUGGAUGGGCGCAUCGUGGUGCGCAGCCACGCGCGGGUGUCCUCCCUGACUCUCAAAGAAAUCCAGUACACAGACGCUGGAGAGUAUGUGUGCACGGCCAGCAACACCAUCGGGCAGGACUCACAGGCCAUGUACCUCGAAGUGCAGUAUGCUCCCAAACUUCAGGGUCCUGUGGCUGUCUAUACCUGGGAAGGGAAUCAAGUGAACAUCACCUGUGAGGUAUUUGCUUACCCCAGUGCUGUUAUCUCCUGGUUCCGGGAUGGACAGCUGCUUCCCAGUUCAAACUACAGCAACAUCAAGAUCUACAACACUCCAUCAGCAAGCUACCUGGAGGUGACACCAGACUCUGAAAAUGACUUCGGGAACUACAACUGCACUGCUGUGAACCGUAUUGGCCAGGAAUCCUCAGAGUUCAUUCUUGUGCAGGCGGAUACUCCGUCCUCUCCUUCUAUUGACAGAGUGGAGCCCUACUCUAGUACUGCCCGCGUGGAGUUUGAUGAGCCUGAAGCUACUGGUGGGGUACCCAUCCUCAAGUACAAAGCAGAGUGGAGAGCACUGGGCGAGGGAGAGUGGCACUCAAGGUUGUAUGAUGCAAAAGAAGCAAAUGUGGAGGGCAUGAUCACUAUCAGUGGCCUGAAACCGGAGACAACCUACUCGGUGAGACUGUCUGCAGUCAAUGGCAAGGGUGUGGGUGAGAUUAGCCUGCCAUCCAACUUCAAGACACAGCCAGUUCAAGGGGAACCCAGUGCACCCAAACUGGAAGGGCAGGUGGGAGAAGACGGAAACUCCAUCAAAGUGAACGUAAUCAAGCAGGAUGAUGGUGGCUCCCCAAUCAGGCAUUACCUGAUCAAGUACAAAGCUAAACAUUCCUCAGAAUGGAAACCAGAGAUCAGACUGCCUUCUGGCAGCGACCACGUCAUGCUCAAGUCUCUGGACUGGAAUGCAGAGUAUGAGGUUUACGUGAUAGCUGAAAACCAGCAAGGGAAGUCCAAACCUGCUCACUAUGCUUUCCGGACAUCUGCUCAGCCUACUGUCAUCCCAGCCAGCACUAGCCCUACGUCAGGCCUGGGGACUGCUGCCAUUGUAGGCAUUCUCAUUGUUAUCUUUGUGCUGCUCCUGGUGGCUGUGGAUGUCACCUGCUACUUCCUGAACAAAUGUGGCCUGCUAAUGUGCAUUGCUGUCAACUUGUGUGGCAAGUCUGGACCAGGAGCCAAGGGCAAAGACAUGGAGGAGGGCAAAGCUGCCUUCUCGAAAGAUGAGUCCAAGGAGCCUAUUGUGGAAGUGCGGACUGAAGAGGAGCGGACCCCCAACCAUGAUGGGGGAAAACACACAGAGCCCAACGAGACCACCCCACUGACAGAGCCAGAGCACACCGCCGAUACCGCAGCUACUGUUGAGGACAUGCUGCCUUCUGUAACUACGGGCACCACUAACUCUGACACUAUCACUGAAACUUUUGCCACUGCUCAGAACAGCCCCACCAGCGAGACCACCACCCUGACCUCCAGUAUUGCCCCGCCAGCCACGGCCAUUCCUGACUCAAACGCCAUGUCGCCUGGCCAGGCUACUCCAGCCAAAGCGGGAGCCGCCCCGGUCUCUCCACCACCACCCUCCUCUACGCCCAAAGUGGCCCCCCUUGUUGAUCUCAGCGAUACCCCAAGUUCUGCUCCAGCUGCUAAUAAUUUGUCUUCGAGUGUUCUGUCCAACCAAGGUGCAGUGCUGAGCCCCAGCACUGUUGCUAACAUGGCCGAGACCUCCAAAGCGGCAGCUAGUAACAAGUCAGCUGCCCCAGCCCCUGCAAACCUCACUAGCCCUCCAGCUCCAUCAGAGCCCAAGCAGGAGGUCUCAAGCACCAAGAGCCCUGAGAAAGAAGCUGCGCAGCCUAGUGCAGUGAAGAGCCCAACAGAGACAGCCAAGAACCCAAGCAAUCCGAAGAGUGAGGCUGCUUCAGGCAGCACCACAAACCCCUCCCAGAAUGAGGACUUUAAAAUGGACGAAGGGACCUUCAAGACACCAGACAUUGAUCUUGCAAAGGAUGUUUUUGCAGCUCUUGGCACUGCUACUCCUGCCAGUGUGGCUAGCGGGCAAGCUCGUGAGCUUGCUUCUUCCACUGCAGACAGCUCUGUACCUGCUGCACCUGCAAAGACCGAGAAAACCCCAGUAGAAGACAAAUCUGAAGUGCAAGCAACGGAAACUAAGACACCUCCAGCAGAAGUGAAGACGGUCCCCAAUGAAGCCACACAAACAAAUGAAAACGAGAGCAAAGCAUGAUCAGCGACAGAUGAGAAAACAUGACAGAGCGACUUCACCCAAGCAUUUUAAACACGAAACACAACACACAUCUCAUUCCUCUAGUGUCUGUUGCCUUUUUUUUAAAAAAAAAAACAAACAAAACAGAAAAUGCAUAAAUGGGGAGGGGGGGUUCUCUCUUUUUUUCUUUUUUUUUUUUUUCUUAAGAUUUUUAGGAAGGUUCUAUUUGUUGUGCACUUGCUUUUAAAAAGUAAUACGUUUUAAAAACAGGGUUAAACCCAUCACCAAAUCAGGGGCUCAGAUGUCCCCUUGUAUAUUUAAAUAAGCAAAAUUGCAAAAUACCACUUCCAGCAUCGCUGAGGAGCUCAGAGUCAACCAGUCUUAGACAAAAGGAAAAAAGAGAAAAGAAAAAAGAAGACCCUGUUCUUUCCUUGGUUAGAAUAGUAGAUACAACCACUGUACUGCUUGACUACUUGGUACAGAUGGUACCUGAUGAACAAAGUCCACAAUUUAUUUUUAUACUUUUCAGUCGAGUUUGAAAUAUGUAAAGCCUCAUAAAUAAGUUAUAAUUUCUGUUCACCUUGUAUUCAGUAUGCAAAGUGUCUUGAGCUCUUUGUGGCUGAAUUCUGUUCUCCACAUUAGACAUUGAUUUGGGGGUUUAUUAUUUUUGUUAGGAAGAAUGCCAAAAUUGCAGCUUCGGGGGAUGUAUUUCAAUUUGCAGUAUUCAGACUCUACAUUUCUUUAAAUUUUAUGUUAAUUUUUUGCCAACUUUUGUUCUCUCCAGUGUUUACAAUUGACUUUUUUUUUUUUAACUUUUGUUGUGUUUAAAUGUAUUUGUAAAAUAGCUGCCUUUUUUUUUUUAAAGUAAAUCCAGACUCUAGAUACUAGGUUAGCAGCAUGCUUGCUUUGCAAAGGGAGACAUUUUAAAAUAUCAAUGUUUACAGUAGUUUCCCCUUUAUCUUUUUUAAUUAUUAUUAUUAUUAUAAUUAUUAUUAUUAUUUCUUACUGGAGUAAGAAAAAAGAGUAAUGCUGGUCUUCGGUUUGUUUUUUUGGGGGGUGGGGCGUGGGGAAUAUUCCAACCACUUGUCACCAAUUGAGCUCUGUAUCCAGCAAUCCACAUAAACACACUUAACUUCGAAUGAGAGAGUUGCUGGUGAGAGUUUCCUUAUAUACUUAAAUUUAUUAAGACUGUAAGUCCCUUGCUGGACCUGGGCCUGACUGCAUAAGAAAAAUAUCAUCUCUGCUUUUUUAGGACAUUCUUCUCUUUCCUUCAUGGAACCCUCCCAGAGCUUUGAGAAGCAGAAGAGAGACUGUACAGUUAGGGCUGGGCUGGUCUUGUCUUGGAUGUUUGACUACAUCCGUUUCUCUUUAGAAUGUUGGUAAAUACCAUUUCCUUUGACCCCAGAAACUGAUUUAAAAGCAAUGACUUUCUGCACUUAAAUAAAGUUUUCUUUUGAGGAGUGGUAACGCUAAAACCAGAAUGUCCUGCACUCAUGUGGGUGAUGUUCAUGAGCAGAGGGUGCUUGGCAGCAUCUAAGUGUCCCUACUCAUUGCAGGGAAUUUGGACUGGAUGACCUUUAAGGGUCCCUUCCAACCCAAAGGACUCUGUGACUCUAUGUAAGACCCCUUCUGCAAAGACAGCUCCAGCACAUCGUGUCUGUUAAGUCACCCACGUAUGCCCUGCAGCAUCCAAACCAUGGAACCAUGGCUGAGCGCUUCGGCAGCAGUGCCAAGACUCCCACUGAUGUCCCUGCUCUUUGCAUCAUGCCUUUAGCCAUCAGAGAGGGGCGUUGAUGUCGCACGUGCGUUGCUGUGGUGUAGGUGGGAGCUUGCCAGCAAGUUGUCAUUGGGAGUCAUGGAGUAACACUGAGACUUUGGGGUGGGAAGAAGAGAAGGUUGAGCAGAAGGAAGGCAGAGGAAGACCAGCCCGUUGUAUAGAGGCGCUCCUUCUCUGGGGGUUUUGCUUUGUUUGUUUUUCUUUUGGUUUUCUUUCUUUCUUUCUUUUUUUUUUUUUUUCUACUUUAGAUCUGCAAGCUUGUGCACUGUGGGUGCGUGACUUUUAGUGUGAAAUGUGUUUUUUGUCAUAGUAUUGAAAUAAUUGAAAAAAAAAAAAAGCUUCAACAUAGUUUGGAUGUGGAAGGUGUAGCGGAUAGUUCAGAUUUAAAAUAUAUAUAUAUUCAGGAAAAAAAA